GCGGGCCUGCGCCCAGAGCUGCAGGCCUUCCACUCCCUCGGCCCGCCGCCGCCAGCGGCAGCCGCGGGCGGCCGCGUGCAGAGGCUGCCCAGGCAUACACAGCUACAACUUGCUCCGCCACUUCAAAGUAGGGAGCACCCGCGGCGGCCGGUGCGGGCGCCCGGCCGCCAGUUCGAGGCGGCGGCGCCGCCGCCCGCAGCGGAAUUGGAGCAGUCGGAGAAGGAUUCGCGCCUCGUGGAGCUCAUGGCGCUGGCCUCCGCGCACCGGGGCCUGGAGCUCGAGGCCGAGGCCGCGGCCGGCCUGCUCGAGGAGUCCGGCUGGGACGUGGGCGCGGCGCUCGCCAGGCUCUGCGGCGCGGCGGGCCGCCGAAGCGGUGGAGGCGGCCGACCGGGCCGCCGCCUGCCGACCUCCCUGGACUCCCUGGAGGGUCGGCUCACGAUGCCCGGCGCGGCCGUGCGCAGAGUGCUGCAGCAGGAGGAUGACGAGUCUGACUUCGAUGACGACUACGACGAUCUCGACGACGCGGCAGCCCACGCGGCGGCCCGCGCAGCCGAGCGAGCGGCGCGGCGGGCGCUACGGGAGGCUCCCCACGGCGGGUACCCGUCGAGGCUCCUGGCGCCGCCGGAGCCCCUCUCGCCGCCGCACCUGCCGGGCGGCGGCGGCCCGGCGCCGUUCGACCUGGGCACUGGCUUGUUCAGCCCGCGCGCGUUCCACAGCCUGGUCCACAGCCAGCUCCACGGCGAGAUGGCCCUUUCGGCGCUCGGCAUCGGCAGGGGGCCGUUCGACCAGAUGGGGCUCAGCAUGCAACAGGACGGGCUGCUGCUUGACUUCCUGAACGUCCUCGCUGCGGAGGACGACGCCGACUUGCGCACCGCCAUACGAAGGUCGGCAGACGAGGCCUACUCCGGCGGCUUCGGGGCGCCGCCGGCCGACGAGGCGGCGCUGGCGCGCUCGACGAGUACGCGGCUCUACGAGGGGCCCGGGGCCGACGGGGCGCCAGGCCAGUGCGCCAUCUGCCUCUCCGACUUCGAGAGGGGCGAGAGCCUCCGCGCGCUGGGGUGCCGCCACGAGUUCCACACGGCCUGCGUGGACCAGUGGCUUUCCAAGAGCGGGCUCUGCCCCUGCUGCAAGCUCCACGUUGACUGA